CAUUUCCGACGUGCUAUCUGGUUGAACAGGACCCUGGUACGACUAGGAUAGCAAGUCGUACAUUUGAGUUUCCUAGUUCCGGAUAGAAUGUGAACGCGGCAAGACAGACCUGCGCGUGUGGCCUGUCGCUACUCACUACGUAGGCACAGAGUUUAAACUCUACUGUCUUUGACGUAUGUGUCGUUUGCCUGCAACUGGCUUUCACUGUAAAAACAUGGCGAGGCUUAGCGAGCAUGGGAUUCGUCUCAGUUCCAUGAGUCCGUCCUUCCUGAAUAGUAAUUCAACAAGUCAUACGUGGCCUUUCAGCGCAGUUGCAGAACUAAUAGAUAAUGCAUCAGACCCGGGAGUGACAGCCAGGCAGAUCUGGAUAGAUGUGGUGGAGGAGCAACAGCAGCUCUGUCUGUCCUUCACUGACAAUGGCAGCGGCAUGACCCCCAACAAACUGCACAAGAUGCUCAGUUUUGGUUUCACAGAGAAAGGUUCUGGUAAGGGAAGCCACCAGGCCAUCGGUGUCUAUGGAAACGGCUUUAAGUCUGGCUCCAUGCGUCUGGGUCGUGACGCUCUGAUCUUCACUAAGAACGGAGGCUGUUUGACCGUCGGCAUGCUGUCCCAGAGCUACUUACAGGCUAUAAAGGCACAGGCUGUCAUCGUCCCCAUAGUGCCCUUCAACCAACAGACCAAGAUGCUGGUAGUGACUGAGGACUCUGAGGCCAGUCUGAAUGCCAUCCUGACCCACUCUCUGAUCCACACCCAGCAGGAGCUGCUGCAGCACUUUGACUCCAUCCUGUCCAAGAAGGGCACCAAGAUCCUCAUCUGGAACAUACGCAGGAACAAAGAUGGUAAGCCGGAGCUGGAUUUCGAGAUUGAUGAGUUUGACAUCCGGAUUCCAGAGAUCCACUCAGAGGAGACCAAGAGUAGAGGCAGGAAGAAGAGCUUUCCUGGACCGCAGAGGAAUGACCACACCAUCCCAGAGAUGGACUACUCCCUGAGGGCCUACCUCAGCAUCUUGUACCUGAAGCCUCGGACUCAGAUCAUCCUGCGACAGAAGAAGGUUCAGACCAAGCUGGUUGCCAAGAGCCUGUCACAGAUCGAGAAUGACGUUUAUAAACCCCAAUUCAAUAAAGACAGGGUUAAGGUCACCUUUGGGUUCAACCGCAAAAACAAAGACCACUAUGGCAUCAUGAUGUACCACAAGAACCGCCUCAUCAAGUCCUAUGAGAAGGUUGGCUACCAGAUCAAGUCAUCAGGUCAGAGGGCAGGGGUCGGGGUUAUUGGUGUCAUUGAGUGCAACUUCCUGAAGCCGGCUCACAACAAGCAAGACUUUGAAUACACCAAAGAGUACAGGCUGACCCUGUCGUCCCUGGGGCUGAAGCUCAACGACUACUGGAAUGAGAUGAUGGAGAAAAAGGCGAGAGAACGAGAGUUCCUGGCAGCAGAGAAGAGGAAUGAAGAGGAAGAUUCAGAUGAGGAGGAAGGGGAGGAGAGUCCAGUGUGGCUGCAGUGUGAGGACUGUCUGAAGUGGAGGCGUGUCCCAGAAGGCCACUACAGCUCUACCCCUGAACACUGGAACUGCAGCCAGAACCCCAACACCAUGCUCAGGAGCUGCUCUUUGCCAGAGGAAGCCGAGCAGAGUGAAGCAGAGUUAACGCCAAGCUACCCGAAGAAGACCUACAAGAAGGACCAAGGCCUGGUCAGAAAACGAGGCCGUCCGCGGAAGCACCAUGUCCUCCCCCAAGGCCUGUCUGAACCGGUCCUCCUCCGCCCCCUACCCCCUGAUACACCCCUCCCUCUAUCUGAGCCGGUCCUCCUCCGCCCCCUACCCCCUGAUGCACUCCUUUCUCUGCUCACAGAGGAGACUGAGGACAGUGAGCUGAAUAAGACAGUGGAUACACUGGUGGCCACUUUGGAGGAUGAGAAGGACAACAUGGCACAGUCCAUGUCUGGGUCAGAGACAUGCGCACCCACACGCGCAUGCAAACGCACAUACAGCAGAAACAAGCGUAAGUCAAUAUGGCCGCCCAGGGACAUGGACAAGAGACCACAACCAUGGGCGGAGCCACACCCGUUCGCCGACGAGGUCCAAGAGGUGCAACAACCUGGGAAAGACGUCAAUGAACCACAGACACUGACUGGGCAGACAGAGAAGACCAAGGGGGAGAAGGCACUACUGGGGGCCACCAGAGUAGGCCCUUCCCAGCCCAGCUCCAGCCUUGCCUGGCCUCCCUCCCUCCCCUCAGCCCAGACGGUGGUGGUGUCCCCCCUGAGUCGUCCGGAGGGCCCCUGGCCCCGGGCUCUGACCCUUGAGGGGGCUGGAUCAGACAGGGGAGCCCUGGUCCAGAGACUGGCUGGACUGGAGAAGGAGGCUCAGAGGCUGAGGAGGAUACUGGGGUCCACUGCACUCCCAGCGACGCCAGACAACAUGGUGAUGACAGAGGCUCCCCCUGGGGAUAAGGCAGCUGCUGGGGUGGGGGUGGAGACACCGUUGGCCAUGGUAACCAAACUGGACCAAAUGGAGUGUGAGAGCUCCGCGUUCCCCAGUGGCCCUGGGGUUCUAGGGCUGGUUGUGGAUGGCAUCCAGCCCCAGAAAGAACAGCCUGAGCUGGGCAGACUGAGGAGGGAGAAGGCUGACCCCCAGAGCAGGCUGAGACAGACUGACAGCCCAGUGACCAGGGACCAGAGCUCCCGCAUUGUGCUGGAGAAUCUCCACAAAAUCCGAGGGAACGUGGUGGCUCUGCUGUCAGCCAUCCUACCCCACCUGGACCUGCAGGGCAUCAGCCUGGACACGCCAGACGUAGACAGCAUCCUGCAGCAGAUCAUAGAUGCCAACUCACUGUCUCCACUCUAGAACCCACUCUCAGUGCUCUAGAACCCACUCUCGGUGCUCUAGAACCCACUCUCAGUGCUCUAGAACCCACUCUCGGUGCUCUAGAACUCACUCUCUGACCGCUAGGAACUCACUCUCUGACCGCUAGGAACUCACUCUCUGACCGCUAGGAACUCACUCUGCAUUAGUACUUAUUCUCACCAGUCUACAGUCGUGGCCAAAAGUUGAGAAUCACACACAUUUAUUUUCACAAAGUCUGCUGCCUCAUUUUGUAUGAUGGCAAUUUGCAUAUACUCCAGAAUGUUAUGAAGAGUGAUCAGAUGAAUUGCAAUUAAUUGCAAAGUCCUUCUUUGACAUGCAAAUGAACUGAAUCCCCCAAAAACAUUUCCACUGCAUUUCAGCCCUGCCAGAAAAGGACCAGCUGACAUCAUGUCAGUGACUAUCUCGUUAACACAGGUGUGAGUUGUUCUUCCUCUGUCAUUGUUCUUCCUCUGUCAACCAUGGUAACCUGCAAGGAAACACGUGCCGUCAUAAUUUCUUUGCACAAAAAGGGCUUCACAGGCAAGGAUAUUGCUGCCAGUAAGAUUGCACCUAAAUCAACCGUUUAUCUGAUCAUCAAGAACUUCAAGGAGAGCGGUUCAAUUGUUGUGAAGGGCGCCCAAGAAAGUCCAGCAAGCGCCAGGUCCGUCUCCUAAAGUUGAUUCAGCUGCGGGAUCAGGGCACCACCAGUACAGAGUUUGCUCAGGAAUGGCAGCAGGCAGGUGUGAGUGCAUCUGUAGGCAAAGACUUUUGGAGGAUGGCCUGGUGUCAAGAAGGGCAGCAAAGAAGCCACUUCUCUUCAGGAAAAACAUCAGGGACAGACUGAUAUUCUGCAAAAGGUACAGGGAUUGGACUGCUGAGGACUGGGGUAAAGUCAUUUUCUUUGAUGAAUCCCCUUUCCGAUUGUUUUGGGGCAUCUAGAAAAAAGCUUGUCCGGAGAUGACAAGGUGAGCGCUACCAUCAGUCCUGUGUCAUGCCAACGGUAAUGCAUCCUGAGACUAUUCAUGUGUGGGGUUGCAUCUCAGCCACGGGUUACCACAAUUUUGCCUAAGAACACAGCCAUGAAUAAAGAAUGGUACCAACACACCCUCCGAGAGCAACUUCUCCCAACCAUCCAAGAACAGUUUGGUGACGAACAAUGCCUUUUCCAGCAUGAUGGAGCACCUUGCCAUAAGGCAAAAGUGAUAACUAAGUGGCUCGGGGAGCAAAACAUAGAUAUUUCUGGUCCGUGGCCAGGAAACUCCCCAGACCUUAAUCCCAUUGAGAAUUUGUGAUCAAUCCUCAAGAGGCAGGUGAUUAUGCAUUGAUUAAGCAAGAAUGGGCUGCCAUCAGUCAGGAUGUGGCCCAGAAGUUAAUUGACAGCAUGCCAGGGCAGAUUGCAGAGGUCUUGAAAAAGAAGGGUCAACACUGAAAAUAUUGACUCUUUGCAUCAAAUUCAUGUAAUUGUCAAUAAAAAGCCUUUGAUACUUGUAAUUAUGCUUGUAAUUAUACUUCAGUAUUCCAUAGUAACAUCUGACAAAAAUAUCUAAAGACACUGAGGCAGCAGACUUUGAAUUAAUAUUUGUAAUUCUCAAAACUUUUGGCCACGGACAGUACUGUAGGUAACAUGUUGUUUCUUUGCUCAUACCAACCUGGAACCCCUGUCUAUGGUGCAAUGUCCACAGCACAUUAUCCACACACUGACUUACAUUGUAACGGAUGACCCUCCAAUAGCCCUACUGACUGUCACAUUGUAAAUACUUUAUCUCCAGUUGACCCUGCCACAGUUCAGAUGUGUUAUACUGUACUCACUGAGUGUGAGAUGUUGUUGAAAAGUUGUAAUACUGUCCUCCGAUCAGCUUACUAUGCUGUAAGUUUUACCUUCACCAUAUGGGAAGGAUCCAUAUUGGUAAGCAGCGGUCUCUGCUUCAAUUAUCCUUGUGUCAUUCAGAGACCAUGGCUUGUGUGAGAGAAGCAUAUUACUGUGUGUUUCAUCAUUGAUUUUGUUUUUAAUAUGUUUAAUUGUUUUGUCAUUUUAAUAUCUGAAUGUGCCAUGAAAAAUUCAAAAUACUGUAAGCCUGAACUUAACCAGCCCUGUCGUUACAAUGUUUUACUGUUUCUUUGCUUGGAUAUCUUUUUUAAAGAAAAUCAAUCAGA